CCAGAGAAGAAAGAAAAAGUAAGUCUGCUCAACCGCCCACUGCAGGAGACGGGGGGAUGUUUCACUAUCUUGGAUUUACAACCAUUUUGAAAUAUAUUUGAGGUCAAAGAAGACUUUUUCUUGCCCCCCAUGUAGAGCCCCUGAACGCUGUUGGAGAGGGCCAUCAUCCGGAAAUCCUGACGGGCUAUUGAUUGUUUGGCCCACAUGAUUCAGCGCCUGAAUUUCCUGAGCGGUUAAGGACUCAAGGAACAAACGAUGGAACAAAACUUGUUUGGAGGGGCCCCCAGGUUUCUCACUCGCCCAAAGGCAUUUUCAGUGUGUGUGGGCAAGGAUGCCACACUCAGCUGCACAAUUGUGGGCAGCCCAACUCCACUGAUAACCUGGGAAAAAGACAAGCUGAAGCUGACGUCCGGAGGCCGCUUCAAGACUGUGGAAGAUGGAGACGCUUAUCGCCUGACCAUCUAUGACUUAACUCUGGAGGACAGUGGACAGUACAUGUGCAGAGCUAAGAACAGCGUCGGUGAAGCUUACGCCGCUGUAACCCUCAAAGUGGCGCUGCCGACAGAGAUGUCUCAGAAGGCCCCUGUUUUCAUGGUGAAGCCUGCCUCUGCACGUGUUGUUUUGGGCGGUGAUGUUGUUUUCCACUGCCGAGUUGCAGCUUACCCUGAGGCCAACUUUGAAUGGGAAAAGGAUGGGCGCUACCUGGGGGAGACCAACCGCAUCAAGAUCAUUUCUGAGAGCGAUGGCAGCACUUUAAAGAUCCAGUGCGUACGAAACCUGGACAGCGGCACUUACACCUGCAGGGCCCAGAACACUGUCGGCCGCGCACAAGCUGCGGCUGCCCUCGUUGUAGAUGCUCAGGAUUCCCACCGCCAAGCUGUAGAUAAGAGCAGCUCCCUUCUCUCUCACCUACAGAAGCGCAAAGAGGAGAUCUCCAUCUACCGCAAUGAAGAAAGCAGCGCCUCCAUUUCUUCCUCCUCCACGGCCAAAAUCACGGAUGCUUUCAGUUCUCUGGGCCUGGAACACGAUCUGCGAGCAUCUGCCCUGGCGAAGCUUCCCAAAGGUGUAUUCACUCGUACCUGCACCGUGACUGAGGGGAAACAUGCCAAACUCAGCUGCUUUGUGACCGGUCACCCCAAACCCCACACUAUCUGGAGGAAGGAUGGAACGAACAUCAGCGAGGGCCGCAGACAUGUCAUUUAUGAGGACCAAGCUGAGAACUUCAUCCUGAAAAUCCUGUACUGCAAGCAGACUGAUAAUGGCCUCUACACCUGCAAUGCAACCAAUAUGGCCGGGCAGACCUACAGCGCUGUGUUAGUAACAGUCAAAGAACCCAAGGUGCCAUUCAGGAGAAAGCUGCAGGAUGUGGAGGUGCAGGAAAAAACCUCAGCCACACUCAUGUGUGAGGUGCCUCUUAGUUCCACUUAUACCAACUGGUUCAUGGAGGAAACGCGACUGCAGCAAAAUGCUAAAUAUCGCAUGGAGCAGGACGGCACCCUCCGUCGCCUCACCAUACACAACGUUACCACCAACGACGAUGGAGUUUAUAUAUGCGAGAUGAAAGAGGGCAGUCGCACUGUGGCUGAGCUCACAGUCCUGGGUAACAUAACUAAGAAGCUUCCUCGGAGGACAGUAGUUCCUGUUAGCGACACUGUCAUCUUCUGCGUGGAGCUGGAACAUCCCUAUCCAGACGCCUACUGGACUCGCAAUGGCGAGAAGUUAAAAGAGGAUUCACGUAUUUCAAUCGGCUGCGUGCUUAGACAGUACACACUCACAAUUAGAGAUUGCCAGGCAGAGGACUCUGGAGAAGUGGCGUUUGUGGCUGGAGACUGCAAGACAUCCACCCGAUUCUCAGUUACUGCUGCCCGGAAGCAUCCUCCCGAUCCCCCAGUUGACGCUGUGGUGCAGAACAAAACAGAAUCCUCCAUCACCAUUCAGUGGUCUCCUCCUGACAGUGACCGCCCUGUCCCCAUCAAAGGCUACGUUGUAGAGCGAAGGAAGGUUGGUACCCAAAUGUGGCAGAGGUGCAAUGCUGAAGAAACCAUUGUCACAACAGAGUUUACAAUCUGCAACUUCACUGAAGAAGCUAGCUACCAGUUCCGUAUCUCUGCCAUUAAUGACUUUGGGCAGAGUGCCUACCUGGAGGUACCUGGAACCUUCUACCUUGAACCCACUGCAGAAAUCAGAAAAGGUCUGAUUAACAGCACUGCAGUCUCCGGUGAGGAAUUCUCCAUCUCUGUUGAGCUGUCUGCUGUUUGCUCAGGCUUCUGGUCCCUAAACGGACGCCUUUUGCGCAGCGGAGCCGACUACCUCAUCACCAGGUCAAAAAACAUACACACAUUGCUCAUCCGAGAUGUGACCAUGGAAAUGAAUGGAACUGAAGUCAAGUUUGUGGGUGGAGGCUCACAAAGCAGUUGCAUCCUCAAUGUGAAAGCCCCUUCUGUUAGGUUCACCAACAAAUCCGAUCAUCUAGAGGUGGUGACCUGCAGUGCCCAAGCCACUGCUCAGCUGACUGUUGAGGUGUCAGAUUACGACACACAGGUGGUUUGGACGAAGAACGGACGGGAGCUAAAAAUGGGCAAAAAGUAUGAAUAUGUGCUUAAUGACCGCAAGAGGAUCCUGAUGGUACACAACGUCACUGAGGAAGAUGUGGGCAUUUAUGAUUGUGUGUUACCUGAUGACAAGAUGUCCAUGCAACUCACUCUUAAAGAUGAACCUGCCAAAUUUCUAAACAAAGCCAGAGGUACCAUGGGAAUGUCAUCGACUCUCAAAGGAGAUCUUGAGCUGAGCUGUGAGGUUUCAUCUGCCAGUGCUGCUGUUGUGUGGAGAAAAGAUCAAAUGGAAAUCACUGAGGACCAAAGAACUACCAUCAUCUCCAAAGGGACUCAAAGGAAACUCAUUAUCAAGAGUGCCAAGAAGAUUGAUGAAGGACAUUAUUCGUGUGAGACAGCAGCUGACAAAAUCACAUUCCAGGUUAAGAUAAAAGAAACUCCAGCUGUAGCUGCCUUCUCCAACAAAGAGUCAGUCCAAAAGGAAGUGAAGGCCACUCUCUCCCAAAAAGCAACUCUUACUUGUAAUGUGUCAGAUAGCAAGACAGAGGUGAAAUGGUACAAAGAUGGCAAGCUGUUGAUAUCCAGUAGGACCAUAUACUCAGAAGCAAAAGGCAACACUCGCCAGCUGGUGAUUGAAAAGGUGGAGAAGAGUGAUGCUGGAGAGUAUACCUGUGAAGCUGGAGGGGACAAGCUAGUCUUCAAGAUAUUUGUCACAGAUUCCCAGUCACCUUUCAUCAACAAGGAGUCUAUUCAGAAGGAGGUUAAAGCCAUGCUUUCCCAGAAAGCCACGUUGAGCUGUGAGGUGGUCGAUACCAAGACAGAGGUGAAGUGGUACAAGGAUGGCAAGCUGCUGACUUCCACCAAGACAAUCCAUACUGAGUCAAAGGCCAAGAAUCGCCAGCUGGUGAUCGACAGUGUGGAGAAGAAGGAUGCUGGAGAGUACAUCUGUGAGGCUGGGACUGAAAAGCUGGCCUUUAAGAUACAUGUGCAAGAGAUCCAAGUGAAGUCUGCCUUCUCCAGCAAAGAGUCUAUCCAAAAGGAGGUGAAAGCUACUCUCUCUCAGAAAGCCACUCUCACCUGUGAGGUAUCUGAUAUCAAUACAGAGGUAAAAUGGUACAGGGAUGGCAAGCUUCUGACCACCAGCAAGACAGUUCGUGUAGAGUCAAAAGGCAGGAGUCGGCAGCUGGUGAUCAACAGUGUGGAUAAGAAGGAUGCUGGGGAGUACAUCUGUGAGGCUGGGACUGAGAAGCUGCCCUUUAAGAUACAGGUGUUAGAAGCCCCAGCUGGCUUCUCUAACAUGGAGUCAGUCCAGAAGGAAGUGAAAACAUAUCUCUCACAGAGAGCCACGCUUAGUUGUGAGGUUUCAGAUUCCAAGACAGAGGUAAAGUGGUACAAGGAUGGCAAGCUGCUGACUUCCAGCAAAGGAGCCCACAUGGAGUCUAAGGGCAAAACACGUGAGCUGGUGAUAGAAAAAGUGGAGAAAAAGGAUGCUGGAGAAUAUACGUGUGAGGCUGGAACAGAGAAGCUGGUAUUUAAGUUGCAGCUAACAGAUUUAGCCAUAAAGUUCCAGAAGAAAUCUGUCAAGGACACAUGCGUGGUUCAAACAAGUGAAAGCAUUGUUUUAUCCACUGAACUGACCGCAGAGGGCGGUAGUGUGAGAUGGUUUAGAGAUGGCAUGGAGCUCAAGGAGAGCAGCAAGUAUGAAAUGAAAAAAGAGGGCCUUUCUCAUACCCUGAUAGUGAAAUCUGCAGAAAUGAAAGACAGUGGAACGUACUCUUGUCAAACUGCGGAUGAUAAACUGGAGUUCAAAGUUCAAGUUAAAGAUUCAGCUUUGAAGUUUGUUCUCCCUUUGAAACCUGCCACAGUGGAACUGGGAGGUACACUAAGCCUGAUUUGCGAACUAAAUCAAGCUUUAGGGGAUGCUGUAUGGCACCAUAAUGGCCGUGAGAUUAAACCUGGAGGCAGGUUCUGUGUCCGAGCAGAUGGUGCUAGGCGAAUUCUCACUGUGACUGGCAUGACCAAGGAAGAUGAAGGAGAAUACAGCUGUGAAUGUAGAAAUGACAAGACAUCUGCUAAAGUCUCCUCUAAAGCACCAAGAUUAGUGAGGUUGGUCACCAAACUGAACAACGUGGUUGCAACGGAGCGAAAAGAUGCCGUUUUCAAGUGUGCCGUCAGCCCAGCAGACGUCAGCGUCAGAUGGUUCCACAACAGUAUCCCCAUCGUUUCUGGGCAGAAGUAUAAGCUUGAGCAAGGUGGUGGCAGCCACUCACUUACCAUCACCUCAGUCACUCAGAAAGAUGCAGGAGAGAUAAGUGUUGAUGCAGAAGGCAAAAGCUGCAAAGCUACUCUACAAGUGCAACAUGAACCUGUGACUUUCAAGAAAAAGCUAGAAAACCUGACAGUGGAGGAGCAAAGCGAAGUGAGGAUGGAAGUGGAGCUCAGUAAGGCAUCGGAUGAAGUCAGGUGGAUGAAGAACAGUGUAGUGCUGCAACCUGCAGGAAACAUGGAGAUUCGGGUAGAGGGAGCUAAGCAGGCUCUGGUCUUCAAGAGUGUGACUUAUGCUGACCGUGGCAUCUACUCUUGCGAAACUCUGGAUGAUAAGACCCAGGCCAAGCUCAGCGUGGAGAUGAAGAAGAUCCAGGUAAUAAAGGGUCUAACAGAAACCAAGGCACGUGAAACAGAGACAGUAACACUUGAGGUAGAACUCAGUCAGGUCAAUGUUGAAGGCUCCUGGAACAGAGACAGGGUCAAAUUAAAGUCAGGGCCAAACUGCCAUAUCACAGCUCUGGGAAAGAAGCACAUCCUGACGUUGUCCAGUCUCAAGCAGGAGGAUGCAGGAAUGAUUUCCUUCCAGGCAGAGGGAGUGCAUACUUCAGCUAAACUGAUCGUCACAGAAGCUCCUGCUAUGAUCUCCAAACCUAUUAUGGAUAUGAGUGUUCCUGAGAAGGAGAAGGUUACGUUUGAAUGUGAAGUGUCCAGACCGAAUGCAGAUGUUAGAUGGUUCAAGGAUGAGGUGGAACUAAAACCGGGAAAGAACUUUGCUAUUCAUUCAUUGGGCCAAAAGCGCACUUUGGCCAUCAACAAAUGCUCCCCUGAAGAUGGAGGCACGUACAUCUGCCGUACUACUGAUGAUAACACCUCCGCCAAGCUCACUGUUCAUGCCAGAGAUAUCAAGAUCAUCAAGAAGCUGGAAGAUUUGGAGGUAAUGGAGAAGGAGAGUGCUAAAUUUGUCUGUGAAAUCUCACACGAUGAAGUGGAGUGCCAGUGGUACAAAGGAAACACAAAACUCAAAGCCACUGACAACAUAAAGAUGAGGCAAGAGGGCAGAACUUAUGUGCUGCUUUUCAAGUCUGCUACCCCAGAAGAUAUGGGUGAAAUUAAGUUUACAGCUGAGAAAGCAUCUUCAACUGCUAAACUUAAAGUGAAAGAGCUGCCUGUGAAGUUUGUGAAGCGACUCAGGGAUAAGAUAGCGAUGUAUAAGCAUCGUGGUCAUCUUGAAUGCCAAGUGUCACGUGCCAGCGCAAAGGUGAAGUGGUACAAGAACAAGACGGAGAUCAAACCCAGCAAGAAGUACGAGAUCAAAAGCGAAGACCUGUACCGAAAGCUCACCGUUAAUGAUGUGGACUCUGGGGAUGAAGACACGUAUACCUGUGAUGCCACUGAUGACAAGACAUCCUGUAAACUGCUUGUGGAAGAGCAGUCCAUCAGCAUAGUGCGGGAACUUAGUCCAGUAGAAGUCACAGAACCCUUUGCAGCUGUUUUUGAAGUGGAAAUCAGUAUGGAACUGGUGAAACCUCCUGUAUGGACUUUGAAUGGAGUUGCUCUGCAGGAGGGGCCUGAUGUCGAAAUGGAGAAAGAAGGCACGAUGCACCGUCUCACUUUCAAAAAGACUAAAGCAUCAAUGACGGGAGCUGUACAGUUUACAGCUGGGAAGAGCAAAUCUUUAGCCCAGCUCACAGUUAAAGAGCGCCCUCUUGAGAUUGCAGAAGCCAUUAAAGAUGUUAAGGCGAAGGAGAAAAGUUCAGCCAUACUCAGCUGCAAGUUCUCUGCUCCACCCAAAGAGGUUAACUGGUUCAAAGGUCGAGUACCUCUGGCAGCUUCAGACAAGUACAACAUCAAGCAAGAUGGUACACGUGCCCAAAUUACCAUUCACAGGCUGACUGAGGAGGACAGUGGAGAGUACCGCUGUCAGUCUGGACCUGCUGAGACCAAAGGCACACUUACUGUUGAAGUGCGUGAAAUCAAAAUCACCAAGCACUUGGCCAAUACAGAAGUCGAUGAAGACAGCGAUGCGGUAUUCACCUGUGAGAUUAACUACGCUGAUGAAGAAGCUCAGUGGCUUCUGAAUGACAAGGUGCUCUUCACAAAUGAAGUUAACACCAUCGCUCAUGAGGGGAAGGUUCACAAGCUGACACUGAAGAACCUGGCACCUCAAGAUGGAGGAACAAUCACCUUUCAAGUCCGCAAGGUCAAAGAGUCUGUCAAACUCAAGGUUAAAGAGAAGCGCGCUGUGUUCCUCAAGUCACUAGACGAUGUUAUUGGAGAAGAGAAAGGCAUGAUCACUCUGGCGUGUGAGGCAUCCAAGCCAAGAGUUUCCCCCACAUGGAGAAAAGAGGGUAAAGUCUUAAAAGCUGGGCCAAAAUAUGAGCUCCUUCACACAGGCAAGUCUUUGGGCCUGAUCAUCAAGGAUGCCACCAAAGAUGAUGCUGGGGAGUACAGCUGUGACCUUGGCACUGAGGUAUCCAAGGCAAAGGUUACGGUCAGAGAAAUUGGUAUUGGAAUAACUAAAUGGCUGAAAUCAGUUGAAGUGAAUGAGGGAGAUACAUGCAGCUUUGAGUGCAUCCUGUCUCGUGAGAGCACAGAUGAGUGCUCCUGGACUGUCAAUGGCCAAGCUGUUACAAACAGAGGCCGCUUUAGCAUCUCCACCAAAGGACGCAAAUACAUGCUCACUAUUAAAGAUGUCUCCCCUGCUGAUGCUGGUGAGGUAGUGUUCAGUAUCAAAGACUUGAGCUCCAAAGCAACAUUGACAGUUGAAGGUAAAGCUUCAUCUGUAUCAAAAGGACUGCAGAAUAUUUGUGUCAUUCAAGGGGAAGAUGCUGUUUUUACUUGUGAGGUGACACAGGCUAGUUUUGCUGUAAAGUGGGCCAAGGAUGGUAAAGCCAUCAAAAAGAGCCAGAAAUAUGAGCUCAGCCAGCAAGAUAGAGUCAUGAAACUGACCAUCCAUAAUGUGUCUGCUCAAGACUCUGGAGAGUACAGCUGUGAAGUUAUUGGAGGUGCAACCACCAGAGCUAAGCUAGAAAUCAAGGAGCCAAUCCAUAAAUUCACUAAAACGCUAAAGGACAGUGAAGCAGACGAGAAGGGCUCCGUGACUCUGCAAUGCACGACGGAACAAAUCCCAUCCACGGUUGUAUGGCUUAAAGGUCACACAGAGCUCAAGGCUGGAGGGCGAUAUGAGAUGUCUCAGAAAGAUGGCGUCUUAACUCUCAUGAUCAAACAACUGGAGGAGAACGAUACUGAUAUCUACACUUGUGACGUAGGCACUGCCAAGAGCAUGGCCAAGGUGACCGUUAAAGCUGUGAAGCUGGCAGCUCCUCCUUCAGCUGCUACAGAAUCUAAGAGGCAGGAAACCAAAGAAAAAGCGGUGACAUUGACAACAACUGAACAAACUCCUAAACGGGAUUUUCAGGGACAUUCAAGAGAGCUUAAAGUGGGAAGUGAAGCUGAUAAGCCUUUUGCUGGAACCACUGACAAACCAGCUACCCAGCGACAGGGGACCAAAGAGCAGCUCGCGGCACAGACCUCAGCAGUGACCUUGACAGUUGAAGCUGAGAAGCAGGACACCCUAAAGACAAUUGAAGCUGCACCUGUAGUAUUCAAGAAGGAGCUGAAAAGUCAAGAGGCCAAAGAAGGUGGCGAAGCCUCUCUGUCCUGUGAGGCAUCAAGCCCUGAUCACAAGGUGACCUGGUGGAAGGGCUCAACUCUUCUCACACAGGGAGAGAAAUACACCAUGGAGCAAAAAGCAACCACUCACAUUCUGAUCAUACACAAGCUGAUCAUGGAGGAUAGUGGGGAAUAUACCUGUGAUACUGGAGACCAGAAAAGCACUGCUACCCUGACUGUAAAAGAGCAUGUGCGAAUCAUUCGAGAACUCUGCGACAUUACUGUGACCACUGGGAAAGACGCCGUCUUUGAGGUUGAGCUGUCACACUCUGGUGUCACCAAUGGGGAAUGGUGGCUUUCAGACAACCUGCUUCAAAAUAAUGAUCUGAAUCAAAUGAGCAUUAUAGGGAGAGUGCACCGCUUGGUCCUCAAGAUGGUAACCACGGAUGAAUCUGGAGAUGUUGCCUUCGUGGUGGGAGAAGAGAAGAGUGUGGCCUGUCUUCUGGUGGAGGAGAAACCCAAAGUGCUAAUAUUAGAGAAGCCACACAACACUGUUGCAUUAGAAGGUGAAACGGUCACUUUGGCCUGCACCAUCUCUGACCCCAGUGGUAAGGUUACAUGGAUCAAAAACAAUGUGGCCCUCCAAGCGGGUCUCAAGUAUGACCUGAAGAAGAAUGCAGCAUUUCAUCAGCUUCGUAUUCACAACCUGGUGGCUGAGGACGCCGGAACGUAUACCUGUGACACUGGGGAUGCACAGUGUGAUGUCACGCUGACUGUGGAAGGUGCCCCAGUCUUCUUCCAGACAGAGCUCAAGAACCAGGAUGCCAUAGAGGGUGAUGAUAUUACUCUGCACUGUGAGCUCUCUAAGCCGUGUGUUUGUGUUGAGUGGAGGAAAGGAGGAUUAGUCCUCCGGCCUGGUAAGAAGUAUGAGAUGAGACAGUCAGGGUGUAUUCAAGAGCUCUGUAUAUGGAAUCUGGAGCCUGAUGACAGUGGCUACUACACCUGCGAUGCAGGAGACCAGCUCACUACAGCUUCUUUAGCAGUGCAAGCAAAAGAAGUCGUCAUUGUUUCUGGCCUUAAGUCCACCGAUGUUUUUGUUGGCGAAUGGGCAACUUUCUCCUGCCAGCUCUCUGGUAAAACCCACGGCAAGGUGCAGUGGUGGCUGGAUGGCAGCUUGUUGGAGAACAGCCCCUUUAGUGAGAUAGGGCUGGCCCAGGGCCACAUCCACACACUCACCUUAAAGAACCUGGCCACAGAUGACUCUGGCACUGUCACCUUCAAAGCUGGCAGUUUAACAUCAACAGCCAAGCUCUUGGUCAAAGAUCCCACAGUUGAAGUGGUGAGCGAGAUGGAGGACCUUCGGGUGGUUGAAAACCAGCCGGCUGAGUUCAUCUGCCAGUACUCAAGACCAGUGAAGGCUCAGUGGAAGAAAGAUGGGCAGCCUUUGCAGCCUGAUGGCCGAAGGGUGGUAGUGGAGCAGGACUGGAAUGUGGCUCGCUUGUACAUUAGCCAUGUGUCUGCUGAGGACAGGGGCACAUACUCCUGUGAGGCAGAGGGGACCUGCGUGGUCGCUUCACUUCAUGUGGAAGCCAAACCCAUUACCAUUGUUCAGGGCCUGGAGAAUGUGGACACUUUUGAUGGAGGCGAAGCGCUCUUUGAGUGUGCCCUGUCUCGUCCUGAGAGCAAAAACUGCCAGUGGCUUCUUGAUGGCAAACCACUGAAAGAAUCCCCUAAUGCUGAGGUUGUAUCAUUCGAGAGCGGUCGUCGCCAUCUGCUCCUGCUGAAAGAGCUGCGCGUCAAAGACGGUUGCACGGUGACUUUCAGAGCUGGCGCAGCGUCCACAUCUGCCCAGCUCACUGUUAAAGGUUGGCAGUUGGCCAUUGUGAAGGGUUUGGAGGACAGAGUGGCUGCAGUGGGGGAGAAAGUCGAGUUCUGUGUUGAGCUCACGGAGGUGGUCCCUACGACAGAAGUGGUCUGGUAUGCUAAUGGAGUUGAGCUGAAGCCCAGUGACCUCUGGGCUAUGAGGGCCGAUGGUCGGUCUUACCGCCUUGUCCUGAGACAGGCGCCUCUUUUGCCCCAGCAGGAAAUUACAUUUGCUGCCAGAGAUGCUAUCUCUCUGGCCAAGCUCACCAUCAUCACUGUGCCUGAUCCUCCAGAGGAUCCGGAGGUCCUCAGUAAGACAAAAAAGUCUGUUACCCUCUCUUGGUUCACACCUUUGCAUGAUGGAGGAAGUCCCAUUCUGGGCUACAGAGUGGAGAUCCGAAUGGUAGACAGUGCCCUCUGGCUUCCAUGUCAUUCUGAGCCUGUGCGUAACACCGAAUUUGUGGUUGAAAAUCUCAGUCCAGGCAGUGCCUACAGGUUUAGAGUGGCAGCCAUCAACAGAGCAGGGAUAGGGGAGCCUGUUGAGCUGCCUCAGACUGUUCAGCUUGAAGCACCUCCUCUGCCACAGAUUACUCCAGAUGCAAAACAGGAAGUAACCGAGGCACUGGGACAGCCCAGUCUUCCUCCUGAGGCUGCUGAAGAAGGUGAUCUCCAUGAACUUUGGGAAGCAUCAGCCAAGAAACGACGCAUGAGUCGGGAGCCAACUCUGGACUCCAUCUCUGAACAACCAGAGGAGGAUGGCAAAAGGGGUCAGAGCAAAUUAGACCAGAAUCAGCUUCCACAAUCUGAGAAAGUGGAAGUCAAAUCAACAGAGAAGGAGCAGGCCAUUGUGUCAAAGAAGCAGACAGAAGCCAGCCUGUGCACCAGCUCUGAGGACGAGUCUGUUUCUGGGCGUUCGACGCUUGUUUCCUACCUCAAAAAGAGCAGCAAGACUACUGAGACAGUGACAAAGGAAGCAGAUACUCUAGCCACUGAGAGGUUCUUCGCACAUUUCCAAAUGUCAGAGCAGAAAACUGUGCAGCAGACAGAAGUGAAAACAACUGUAGUUCAGCAAACCCAAGAAAAACACGUGUCUACAGAGGAAACUAGCAUCAUGGAGAUCGGUAAAGAGGAUGACCCUGAGCUCAGAGAAGCUGCUGUUAAGAUUCAAGCUGCCUUCAAGGGCUACAAGGCCCGCAAGGACAUGCGUCCUGUUUUUAAAGAAGUCUUCAAAGACCAGACUAAAGAACCUAAUGGCACCAUACAUCUGGAAUGUGUGACAGAAGGUAAACCUGAUAAGGUCCGCUGGCUGAAAGAUGGAGAACCACUGACGGAUGGCAAGCAUCAUCAUAUUGAUAUCUAUAAUGAUGGCACCUGCUCACUGGUCAUUACUGCAAUCACCACCAAGGACACUGGAGUUUACACAUGUGAAGCCACUAACAAGUUUGGGGUAGCUUCUCACAGUGGUAAGGUGACUGUGGGAACGGUAAGAGAAUCAUCGGGCCGACGGCCGCUUACUGUAGGUUACAGUGCUGACAGUGAGCCUGAGAGCUCCUCCGGAAGUGAGAUGGAUGAGUCGCUGAGACAGGCAAGCAGACGCCUCCGGCGCCUGUUGCGCACGCGUCUCCCACCAGAUGUUGAGGAAGAACCAUUUGUCAGUGCAGAUGAAGGAGACUUGCGAGCCCCAGACCCACAAUCUUACCGUGAAGAUAACAAUUAUAUCUAUAUUCGUUUUGAUUCACGGACAGAAGCUGAAGUUGCCUCUACGAGAUUUCAGGAGAUGUUUACAGUCCAUGGGGUUCCUGUGGAGACCACAAUCUUACCUGCAGGACCUCACAAAGUGGAGCUGCGAAUUAAAAAGAUGAGCUACAUACAAGAUGGUACACAGACGCCCACACAAGAUAGACAGCCUCCUGCUUUCAUGACUGGAGCUCCAGCUGCACCGGUCUUCUUAACCGAGCUACAAAGUCAGGAUGUUCCAGACGGUUAUCCGGUCAGCUUUGACUGUGUUGUGAUUGGCAAGCCACCUCCCACUGUUCGCUGGUAUAAGGAUGGCAAGCUGCUGGAGGAGAACGACCAUUACAUGAUCAAUGAAGACCAGGAGGGCUGCCACCAACUUAUCAUCACCACUGUGUUGCCUACUGAUAUGGGGGUCUAUCGCUGCACAGCUGAAAACAGCAGUGGCAUUGCAUCUACUAAAGCUGAACUCAGGGUUGACAUGUCUUGCAGCUCAGAUUAUGACACUGCUGCUGAUGCCACUGAGACGUCUUCUUACGUCAGUGCCAAAGGAUACAUGUCCAGGGAAACUGAGACCUUUGAGUCUGUAGCUGAAGAUGAUCAGCUACCGCAGGUUGUGGAGGAGCUUCAUGAUGUUCACGUCUGUCCAGGUUCACCUAUUGCAAAGAUGCAGCUUAAAGUAAAGGGUUUCCCGAAACCCAGAAUAUACUGGUUCAAAGAUGGCCACCCUCUACGACCUUCAGAAAGAAUUCAUUUGUUAGCAGAGAGAGACGUUCAUGGCGUGGAGAUCACGGAGGUGAAAAAAGAGGAUAUGGGGGAGUACUCCGUCUACAUCAGCAAUGCAGCUGGUUCUGCUUACUCCUCUGCCCGGAUGAUAGUAUUGAGUCCUGGGGAGAUUUUACCACAAGAGAAAAAGGACCCUAAAGAGCCCCUGGUGCCACCCCGCUUUAUUGAAAGGUUCAGCAAUAGGAAGGUGAAACAAGGAACAAGCAUCACUCUGUCUGUGAAAGUAGAAGGAUCUCCUACUCCCAUGGUCAACUGGCUAAAGGAGGAAUCUUUGGAGGAUGUCCUGUGGAUCAAGCCUGACACUAAAGGAUACAAAAUAGCAAGCUCUGGGCGCCACCACAGUCUCAUCUUGAUGGACGUGGGCACAGAGUACACUGGUGCCUACACCUGCAUUGCAACAAAUAAAGCUGGACAGUCCAUCUGCACUGCUCACUUGGAGGUGGAUGAGACUCCUCAGCCCAAGAAAGAAACAGCGGCUUCAGAGGUUCUUGGGAUUACAGUUAGUCCUCCACAGGAAGAUACUAGCAAAGGAAAAGAGGGCAAAAUGCCUUUCCUAGGUGAAGUAGGUUCAGAGGAAUUCCUCAUGAAACUCACCUCUCAGAUCACUGAAAUGGUAUCAGCCAAGAUCACCCAAGACAGUUUACAGAAUCAUGAAGUGCUCCAGUGGAUGAAAUCUUGGCCCAAAUCUGCCACUUCAUUACGCGUACCAGGUGGUGACAGUGAUGAUGAGACCAAGACACCUUCUCCAUCACCUCAUCACGGUCGCUCCCGUCCUCCCUCCCUCAUUGCUGACUCCUCCUCUGAGUCUGAUGAAGGAGACGCCAGGGGAGAGAUGUUUGAUAUCUAUGUAGCAACAGCUGAUUACAACCCCAUCGUGGCGAGCAAAGAUUCCAUCUCUCUAAAAGAGGGACAGUAUGUUGAGGUUUUGGACUCGGCUCACCCGCUCAAGUGGUUAGUUCGGACCAAACCCACCAAAAUGACACCAUCCCGCCAAGGCUGGGUCUCACCGGCCUACCUGGACAAAAAACUCAAACUCUCCGCUGAUGCUGGCGAUCUUCCAGAAACAAGUGUGGAAGAGGUGUCUGAAGGAGAAUACAAGAGAAAAUUAUUCCAACUGAUCCAGGAACUGAUAAACGGAGAAUCAGAGUUUGUCAAGGAGGUGGAAUUCUUCACCUCCCAUCACCUGAAGCAUGCAGACAGUUCUGAUGCACCGCCUGACGUCACCAGCCAGAAAGAGGCUAUUUUCAGAAACAUUGAUGAUAUCAAAUCCUUCCAUAACAAGGCAUUCCUUCCGAAGUUGAAUGACUGCGACACUGAUGAUGACAUAGCCAUGUGUUUCCUGAAGAACAAGGAGGGCUUUGAGAAGUACCUUCAGUAUCUUGUAGGUCAGAGUCAAGCUGAAUCUGCCAUCAGUGACAAGACUGUGCACAGCUUCUUUAAGGAAUAUACUGACACAGCGCAGGCUAAUUCAGACCCUGCAGAUCCACCAGUAAGAAGCAUAAAUGCCUAUCUCCAACAGCCACUGGAGAGGAUUCAGAAGUACAAGGCCUUCCUGAAGGAGCUCAUUCGAAACAAAGCAAGAAAUGGUCAGAACUGCUGCCUGCUGGAAGAAGCUUUUGCAAUGGUGUCUGCACUCCCUCAGCGUUCUGAGAAUACCCACCAUGUCUCCAUGAUUGAGAACUAUCCUGCCACCCUCGAAGUUCUUGGAGAACCAAUUAGACAGGGGCCUUUCCAAGUGUGGGAGGGUGCUCCUGGAAUUAGAACGUCCUCUAGAGGUCACCACCGUCACGUCUUCCUCUUUAAGAACUACUGCAUUAUCUGCAAGCCCAAGAGAGACAGCAACACUGAUACACAAGCAUAUAUUUUCAAGAACAUGAUGAAGCUGAAUAACAUUGAUGUGAAUGAGACAGUGGAGGGUGAUGACCGUGCCUUUGAGAUUUGGCAUGAGCGCGAGGAUUCUGUGAGGAAGUACACCUUACAAGCCCGAACUGUUACCAUCAAGAACUCGUGGCUGAGAGACCUCAGAGAACUGCAGCAGCGAUACAGCAUGCCUGCAUGGAGUUCCCCUGAUUUUGAUGAAAUUCUGGCAAACUGCACAGCAGAGCUGGGCCAGACUGUUAAGCUGGCUUGCAAAGUUACUGGAGUACCCAAACCUGCGGUUACCUGGUACAAGGAUGGACGCGCAGUGGGGGCAGAUCCACAUCACAUCAUCAUCGAGGACCCUGAUGGUUCCUGCACACUAAUCCUGGACAAUAUGACUGCAGAUGAUUCUGGUCAGUACAUGUGCUUUGCCACAAGUCCAGCUGGCAAUGCCAGUACUCUGGGAAAGAUCACAGUUCAGGUACCUCCUCGUUUUGUAAAUAAAAUAAGGAAUGCCAUCUUUGUUGCCGGUGAGGACGCUCAGUUCACCUGUGUAAUACAAAGCGCCCCCAAGCCCAAAGUGAGGUGGUUCAAGGAUGGCAGGCUGCUGACUGACCAGCAGAAAUAUCAGACCUACAGUGAGCUCCGGAGUGGCGUUCUGGUUCUGGUAAUCAAAAACCUGACAGAGAGAGACCUUGGACACUAUGAGUGCGAGUUGUCGAACCGUCUGGGCAGUGCAAAGUGUGCUGCUGACUUGGUCUUCCCCUCCGCUGUGGCUCGCUCUGGUGAGCAGGCCAUCACCAUUGAAGUUACCGAGCAGGAGACGAAAAUACCAAAGAAAACCAUCAUCAUUGAGGAGACUAUAACCACCGUGGUGAAGAAUCCUCGAAUGAGAAGACACAGAUCACCUGGCUUGACUCUUGCUGGUGUCCACCGCUCUGAGACUUCCACCCCCGAGCUUCCUACAGCCAGGACAAGGAGGAUGCCCACUCCAAGAAAGACCACUAUCCCAACUCUCUAUGUUACUGAUCCCCAGGGGGCGGAAGCCAGGGGAACAGAGAGCAAGCCCAGGUGGGUUGAAGUAGAAGAGGUCAUCGAGUAUAAGGUCAAUAAGUCUCCCAGGUUGUCCAGGAGGAGAGGUAUUUCGCCAGCAGGGUCUGAUCGUGCAGGCACACCCUCGAGACCCAAAAGGUCUCCAGUGGAAAACCCAAAUGCUAACAAUUCCAACAACAAGCUUGUGGAGCAAGCACAGGCCCACCUGCAGGGAGACAUCAGCAGCCAGCCGCUCUCCUGGGAGGAAGAGGUGACUGAUGCUGCAUCUGGGUCUGCUUCUGGGGAGCCGCACGAGCUCUCUUCUGUUCUCACUACAGCUGGAGAAGAUCACGACGACCUGGAUGAUCAACAAACUGUAAUUUUUGAACCCGAUGACGAGGAGGAUACAUCUGCAAGAAAGCAAGAGCCUGUGUUCCUAAAACAAGGAGAUCGUGUUUUAACCCUUGAGGACUUGGAGGAUUACGUCCCAGAGGAAGGAGAGACUUAUGGCUCCUCCCACACGCAACACGUUAACGAAAAGCCUUGUGAGAUCUCUGUGCUUCAGAGAGAGAUUGGCGGUUCUACAGUGGGACAGCCGGUGCUUCUCAACGUGGGCCGGCCUGAUGUGGUGCCCCGGCAAAGGACUGGCUUCUUCAGUCGGUUCAGGGAGAAUCUCUCCAGCAGCCUUUUCUCAUCUGCUGUCCCACCGCAGGCCAGGGAGGCUCGGUCCAGGGCGGAGAGGAACGUGCCUAUUCAAGUGAGCCAUGCAAAGCUGGAAGUGAAGCCUUCGUACUGCUCAGAGGUGCAGAGAGUUGAGGGCAGGCAGCAGAGUUUUAAAACCAAAGUGUCAACUCAGACCUAUGGUUACACAUCAGUUGGCAAUCCUGUCACUCUUCAAAUUAGAGAUGACCUUUAUCAGAACCAGUGAAAAGCAAACAUUUAAUUUGGCAUCACAAACCCUCUUAGUCUUAAAUAGGGACAUUCACUAAACAUGAAAAUACAGAUCGUAACCUGAGCAACAUUUACUGCAUUUGACAAACCAUUCCAUUUUUAGCCUGCCAAUCAGAUAAUAGUGUCAUCCUUAGAUAUUUUCUUGACAGACUGUUAGACUCUACUGUCUCUUACAGAUGAGAUGGAAACUAUAGGGAUAUACAUGUUGUGUGAUGUACAAUAUGCAUGAUGGGCAGAAGCUAAGAAAGGUCUGACAUUUACUGAUUAAAACCUUCAUAUCUAAUGGUGAGUUGAAGUCUUUAAAUAAAAUAAAUGCUUUUUGGUUAUACAUACAGUGAUUGACAAAUUUAUGAGACUGCCACCCCCAGUGUAAGGUUUAUGUCACAGCUCCCUAAAUUAACAGUACUGGUGAUUACCAACAUCAGUUUUAUGUUUCUGUGAUGGUUAAUCCACUGGUAUACCAUAUUACAGUUAUUUACUUGCAUGAUUGUUAUAAUUAAUUUGUGACUGCAGAGAAAUCUAGUGUCUAUUUUUUAUUGGUCUUUAUUGGGUAUAAAAUGCAUUUUUGAGAGAUAACAAAUUACAAUGAUGUUUAACAGUGUACCUACGCUGAAUGAUCAGCUUUACUCCCCAGUAUUAACUGAUCCAGAUGUAAUCCUUAGUCCAUUGCAACAUACAUGAAUAGGAUUUAUAUUUUUUCAGGUUUUACUUUGGUACCAUUCAGGUCAUGCUAUGGCACUUUGGAUUCCUGGAGCUGGAAAUAUUGGGAGGUAAUGAGAUGCAUGUUUCAAGUAAGCAACACUGAAUAUAAAAGUAGUGUAAACUUGGGGACUGUUGUGUUUCAGGAGCUGUUAGUUAAUCAAAUUGGAGAAUCACAAGUCUCUACUACAUUAUUUUGUGGUGUUGUGAAUGAUUCCUUAGUGAGCAGUUUAUAAACACGACAUUUGCACGAGCAAAUCAUUUGGUAGGUGAACAGAUGCCUGUUUCCAAGUUCCUACCAUCAACUAACUGAAUUUUUUACUCAACUUUUUUGGCAUUUGUGUCUGCUAGUGCGGUGAAACAGCCUGUAAACCCAGGCUGUUACAGGGAUAUUCCUAUGCAAGUGACAAAUAUGUAGAUGAGUGACUGCAUGUAUUUGCUUCUCCAAGACAGAUGUGUUUCUCUAGAAUAACCAGUUGUCAUCCUAUAUUUGAUUGAGCGCAAAUGUUUAUGCAAAGUACUUCAGCUGACAAAAUUUACUAACUUUUUAGUGCAAUUUAAAAGUAACUAGAGUAACUUCCUAAUUAAACAUGUGUGGUGUUUGUGUUGAAAAGGUGUCUGUUAAAAGGAUGAUUUUAUGUAAUAAUUUUAAAUCACAAACUGAUUGUACUUGCUUGUACUGUACAUGUGUAGUUUUGGACAAAACAUGGUUGAGUACAACGUGUUCAAUUGAAUAAAAGUACUGCAAAUAUGCCACAUAA